AUCCCUCAAAUAGCUCCCUUAUUAUGACUAAACCUAUUUCUUAUAUUUUCAACCACAUUUAUUGUAUUUAUUAUCUUAAAUUAUUUCAUUAAAGUACCUACAAAAAUUGAAAAAUCACCUUCUCCACUACAAAAAGUAGAAAUAAAUUGAAAAUGAUAA